AAACAUUUCUUUCAACCCAGGUCAACCGCCUUGUCCGGCUUUGAGCACGUUAUUUUUCACGUUUGAUCUUUCAGCUCGAGAUAUUGACAGGAAAUCCUCGUUGUUUUUUUCAAACCCGCCUUGGGCGGCUUGUUACCAUUAAUGCAUCUCUACAAAUAAUUUCAGCUUGCGGCCGAACGCGAUCUUCACAACCAUGGCUACCACGAUUCAACAAACACCAGCGCGACCUGUUCCUGGUGUGUGGCCUCAGACUCCGGUUACACGGCCUGCGAUACCUGCGCCUUCGUUCCAAUCGCCCGGGACGCCUUUCUCCCGCCCUUCCCUUACACCUCAUGGCACUUCCACUGCCCUCGCGACCACGAGAUCCUCCGAUACUCCAGCUCAAAGCUCAAUACGGCAGCCCGAAUCUCUCGAACCCCUAGAAAGAGCGGCGCGCACGAUCAAUGAAGCCUUCACGAACGAGUCGCGGUUUCCAGAGGUGGACGGCUAUUUAUCUCAGGGUUAUUCUGCAGACUAUGACAUACAAUCUUCGACAUCAUGGGCGCCUUUCCAGAAAGCUGGUGUAUACAAAAUUCCCGACGAGAUCUUUGAGCAGUACAACAAUGCGCAGCUAUCCACCAGUAUGGGCCUUUUUGCAGAAUUGAGGCAUGCUUGGACAACUAUUGACAAUGCAUUGUACAUGUGGGAUUAUACCUCGCCAAAGCCCGAGCUGCUGGGGUUUGAAGGUCAGCCACAUAGUAUACUCACCGUCAAGCUGGCAGUGCCUCGCCCUGGUGUCUUUCUGCCCCAUAUUACCCAUGUCAUUGUUUUGGCCACGACUUCCGAUAUUCUGCUACUGGGGCUGGGAACCGAUCCAAGCCCUGGCGCAUCUGCCGGACUAUCCCUCUUCCAGACGGGUAUGUCGACUUCAGUGAAAGGUCUGGACAUCAGCGUUAUCGCCUGCUCAACGAAAACGGGAAGAAUCUUCUUUGGCGGGCGAUCAGAGAAUGAGCUUUAUGAACUCCUCUACCAACAAGAAGAUCGAUGGUUUUCCAGCCGCUGUUCGAAGAUCUGUCACACUAGUGGCGUGACAAAGUCUUUAACGUGGACCUGGGAUUCUUUGAGAGGAACGUCCAAGGAGUAUGUGGCGCAGAUCGUGGUUGACGACAGUCGAGACAUGUUGUACACACUAUCUUCCACCUCGAAUAUCCGUGCGUUUCAUGUGGAAUCCGACGGUACCUUGCGAAAAGUGAUCGACAAACCUGUUGAUCAGAUUUAUGCCAACAUAGGUCACAUCGUCAAUCAGAACGAGUCCUUGAAUCCACGCAUUCCCAUCGUGGCCAUCUCAGCCAUACCUGCAUCCGAGGCAUCGAGAUAUCACCUAGUGGCCACCACAGCCACGGGGUACCGAAUAUAUCUUAGUGCGACCAGCUCCAGUUACUGGUCGUCAACAAGAUCGAGUGGGAACAUCACCAUGCAGGCUCAGCAUGUGAAAACUCCGCCUGUAACCACUGCCCCAGGUCCAUCAUCGGCUUCUGUAGGCUCAGAUCCAUCAAACAAUGUUCAUCAGCCUAUCAAGACUCUUACGAUGACCAGACUUGCGGCAAGAUAUUCACCCGGCUACUUCUUUUGUUUCGUUGCCAGGGACGCCAAUGCUCAGACAGAUCAAUUAUUUGUCUCCGCGCCGGACGCUGGCAGGUUGAUAAGGCCUCCUGAAGCCGGCCAACCCAGUCGGACGGCUGAAUCCGCCAUCUGGCUGUCAUUAGGCAGCCGCGCCGAGGACGUUGGGCUCGUUGUACCAUAUUCACCCCCCGUCGCUAAUUCCGUCGGCUAUGGGAAUGACUUGGCUGUCCAGUUCGACAAACCUACACCAGAGAUAGCCAUCCUGACCAACACCGGGGUCCACAUCAUCAAACGGCGGAGACUAGUGGAUAUAUUUGCUGCUGUCAGUCGUCAAGGUGGCUCUGAAGGUUUUCAGAAUGAGGUCAACAAUUUGAUUCGAGCGUACGGAAGGACGGAAACUCUGGCAACAGCGCUUGCAGUGGCUUGCGGUCAAGGCGUUGAAGUGACCAAGGACACAUACUCGGCACGGGUUAAUGACCCUGAAGUGCUUGAGUCGGCGCGGAAAACGUUCAUCGAAUAUGGCGGCAAGCCCAGCAUCAACCAAAACUCGAUUACCGACAAGUCUGUCCCUCUCAUCGACGCCGUACGGCCUUCACCCCGACAUGCAGCCAUCGCUCUGUAUCUCUCGCGGAUAUUGAGAUCGACCUGGAAAAAUGUGAUUGCGGCUGAGACCGUGACUCCUGCGGGAUACCAGAUCAAUCCUGCUGUGCCUGUGAAGAAGUUGAGAGACGUGCAAGAAGCUCUGUCUGCGCUUCAACGAUUCUUCAAAACCAACAAGAGCUUCAUCAAGGGGCUGAGUGGCCCAGAUGACCUAUCAAGUACCAGUACAAAAGACGACGAAAUUGCGCUGAAGGGAGAACACCGUGCUCUGCACUCCCUCGUCAAGUUCACCUCCGAUACCAUUGAAGGGCUAUCUUUCAUUCUAGUCCUUUUUGAUGAGAAGGUUGCUGAAUUAAUUCCACUUCUUCCAGAAGCAUCCAGACCGCAAAUGCUGAAGUUGACUUUCGAGGAGCUUUUCACGACGAAGAAAGGUUAUGAUCUUGCAAAGGAACUGGUCAAGGCUAUUGUUAACCGCAAUAUUGCCAAGGGAUCCAAUGUUGAGACGAUAGCUGAAGCUCUGAGAAGAAAAUGCGGCAGCUUCUGUAGCGCAGAUGAUGUCGUGAUUUUCAAGGCGCAGGAGCAGCUUAAGAGGGCCGCCGAGGCAGGGGGCAAUGCUGAGCUCUCACGAAAUUUGCUAAACGAAAGCUUGAAGCUUUUUGAGCAGGUUGCUCAUAGCCUUCCAAUGGAUUAUCUACAAUCAGCGACCCAACAGUACACGAAUCUCCAAUUCUUUGCUGGAGCGAUACAAUUGGCGCUACGAGUCGCGCACGAGAAGGACAAGGCCAACGAGGCGCUAUCCUGGAUGGCCGAGGGCCGCCCGGAGUCGGAUGGUCGAAAGGCCAAGUUCGAUAUGAGGACACAGUGUUACGACCUCAUCCACGAUGUUGUCAGUGCCGUUGACAGAAGCAUCGAGCAAGGGCCUAGCUUCGUUGACGGAAGGCCCACCCUCGCUGCCACCAGAAGGAAUGAAGCCUACGAUGUGAUCAGCAGAUCGAAAGAUGAAGCGUUCUUGACCAAUCUCUACGAUUGGUAUAUCCAACAAGGAUGGUACGACCGACUUCUAGCAACCGAAUCGGCAUUUAUCGUCACUUAUUUGCAACGAAAAUCCUCCGAAGACAUCACGUACGCAGAUUUGCUGUGGAAGUACUACGGACAGACCAACCAAUUCUCAGAUGCCGCUAAGAUACAAUUGCAGCUUGCACGCAGUCCAUUUCCACUUACUCUUGAGAAGAGGAUUGAAUAUUUGAGCAGAGCUAAAGCCAACGCUUCGACAUACACCCCAGGAGGCAACCGCAAAAUGAAGCAGCAGCUGUUGUUGGAGAUCUCCGAACUUCUUGAUGUCGCCAUCAUCCAGGACGAAAUCCUGCAGCGGUUGAUUGACGAUACUCGACUGACCGGAGAUCGAAGGAAGGACGUCCUCGAUCGUGUCAAUGGCGCCAUUCUUGACAUCACUAGCCUGUUCAACGAUUUCGCCGAUAACGCCGCCUACUAUGACCUUUGCCUUCUGAUCUACCAGGUUGCAGACCACCGAGACGCGUCACAAAUCAAACAGACAUGGCAGCAAUUAUUGCAAUCUGUGCACGACAAGACGCUUGAUGAGGGACAGAUCCAGCCCUUCGAAGCUAUUGCCGAACAGGUCCGAAGCCUUGGUAGCAAACUUCGAGUGUCCGAGACGACUUUCCCAAUUCAAGCACUGCUGCCUAUCCUUGAGAAGUAUUCCUUUGAAAAUCAGCGAAACGUUGCACCGCCUCAUUGGGUCGUGGACAUUUUCCUGGACCUGGAGAUCCCGUACGAGCGGCUCUUUGAGGUUUUGGAGACGAUGUUCUUCACCGGAGACCCACCGUUCAUGGGUACAAACCGCAAAUACAUCGCCUCGGAACUGGUUUAUGUUGUCGGCAAAUGGUUCCAUGACUCUCUGAGAGCUGGUACUGUCAUCUUUGGCAGUGAAGCUGGAGCCGCGCGAGUCGAAGAGACUUUGCAAGUGUUUUUGCAACAAGGGAAAGCCGCGGGUGUUGACGAGGAGACGACUCAAGUCUGCCGCGCCGUGAUAGAGCAAAUUGGUCAGCUGUUGGCCUGAAGCAAGAGUACGGGCACAGUCCAGGGAUGCAUUGUGGUUCCGCUUGGAGACUUGCACUGUACCAUCAGUAGUGAUUCACGUUUAUGUUGGUUGAGACAAAUGGAAAAGCGGAAGAUCUGUGUCGACAGGGUGAAAUAUAUAUCAGUCAUCCUGGCUUGAUCGUCUUUGGAAAUGGAAAAGCUGUUGUGGGCAACUGAAUUGCAUUAGUGCCAGGUAGCCAGACUGAUGCUUGAGAAUCAAUGACAACGAGGAAGGGACCUGCAAAUGUCUUUUCCAUCGGAG